AUGUCUUUCAGGUGGGAGAUUAUUGGUCUUGCUUUCACUUUUGUGGGUGCCGGUGCUGUUCUACCUGGUGAUUGGGAGUCACUAUUCCAACUUGAGGGCAAACCGGUCAUCUCUCGGAAAGACAUGGGCUACUUGGCAUUAUCAGCGACGGAGACAUGCUUGAAAUUCUGUAAUGAUGCUGGCAUAUUGAAUGAUGUCGUCAGUUGGUUAACUUGCCAACACACUUAUCUCACUACCUUCAUUCACGGAGAUCGAGACUACCGUGGUUGGAGAGCGCUGGGGGAUCUGACAACUGUCAUCUUCACUUUGGGUCUGAACCAGCCGUCAUCCGAUAGUGACAUCCCUUUCUGGCUUUCGGAGACUCGGAAAAGGAUAAUGGGGUCUGCUUAUAGCGCGGACAAACAAUCGGCCACCUUCCUGGGAAGGCCACCACGCCUAAGCUGGCGGUUUUGUAACAUCACUCUACCCUUGGAUAUCAGUUUUCGGGAAGUUGUCGCCGAACCGAGUGUCAGGGAUAUGGCAAUUAGCAGGCUAGAUGCCGACGGCUGGAGCAAAACGAGAAGCGACUCACAAGCAGUCUGGGUCAGGGUUGCUUUGUUGAUGGGCCCGGUACGAGAAAGCAUUUUAGAAUUAUCACUGAACCAGCAGGUUGAGGGUCUCCCGGCAAAGAUUGAGUAUGGCCUAUUCCUCAAUUUGACGUGA